AUGACGUGGCGUGAGCUGCGGACUCGGCAGUUUUGGCGAGCCAUCCUGGCGGAGCUGCUCGGCACCCUGGUGUUAGUGAGUGCCGUGCUGGGCGCCUCAGUGCCGGGCCCAGGAGAGCUCCCGGGGGGGCCCCUGUACCCAGCUGUGGCAGUGGGUGUGGUGAUUGUUGCACUGAUCCACUGUUUUGGAGAAAUAAGUGGAGCUCAGGUGAACCCGGCAGUGACUCUGUCUCUGUUGGCCACUCGGAGGGUGGACCUGCACAGGGCCGUGUUCUACAUCGCUGUGCAGUGCCUGGGGGCCUCUCUGGGGGCCGGGGCCCUCUACCUGGCCCUGCCCAUGAAAACCACGGCCGACCACUUCGUCAACAGGGUUCCUCUGGAGAUGAACGCAGGCCAGGCGCUGGGGAUUGAGGUUCUGUGCACCUUCCAGAUGGUCUUCACUGUGUUCUCAGUGGAGGACCAGCGGCGGAGGGAGAGUCCAGAACCAGGGAACCUAGCCAUUGGAUUGGCUCACACAGCUGGAGUGUUAAUAGGGGGACGGUUCUCUGGUGCGUGUAUGAAUCCGGCUCGUGCUCUGGGUCCAGCCAUCAUCGUCGGGUUCUGGGAAAAUCACUGGGUUUACUGGAUCGGCCCGGUGCUCGGUGCUGUGCUGGGCGGAGUUUCCCACGAGUUCCUCUUCGCACGCAGCGCCUCUCGCCAGAAGCUGGUGGCGUGUCUGACCUGUAAGGACAUCGACAUCGUGGAGGCCGCCAGUAUGACCGGAUCCUCCCUGUCCACGGUCACGCAGAACGCCAUGAGAGCCAAGCAGGCCAACAAACAAGACGGCAACUGA